GCUUCCUGGGACAAUUUGCUCGGUCACUCCUGCAAAAACUUUUCAUCUUGCACUGAGGACACCAAGGAGGCAGCACUCGUGUGAAAGGUACUGGCGGAGGACACUGGGUAUGCAAGUCCGCUAUGUACACCAUGAGGACUAUCAGUUCUGUUACUCCUUCCGGGGCAGGCCAGGACACAAACCGUCCAUCCUCAUGCUCCAUGGAUUCUCUGCACACAAGGAUAUGUGGCUCAGUGUAGUCAAGUUCCUUCCGAAGAACCUGCACUUGGUCUGCAUGGACAUGCCUGGUCAUGAAGGCACCACCCGCUCGUCCCUGGAUGACCUGUCUAUAGAUGGGCAAGUUAAGAGGGUACAUCAGUUUGUAGAGUGCCUUAAGCUGAACAAAAAGCCCUUUCACCUUAUAGGCACCUCCAUGGGUGGCCACGUGACUGGAGUAUACGCUGCUUACUACCCAUCUGAUGUCUGCAGCCUGUGUCUUGUGUGCCCUGCUGGCCUGCAGUAUUCAACUGACAAUCAGUUUGUACACUCAGCUGCCAUUCAGAAAAUUCCCUUGAUCCCAUCCACCCCGGAAGAGAUGAGUGAGAUGCUCCAGCUCUGCUCCUAUGUCCGAUUCAAAGUGCCCCAGCAGAUCUUUCAAGGCCUUGUUGAUGUUCGCAUCCCUCAUAACAGUUUCUACCAGAAACUGUUUUUGGAAAUUGUCAGUGAGAAAUCCAGAUACUCUCUGCAUCAGAACAUGGACAAGAUCAAGGUCCCAACACAGAUCAUUUGGGGAAAACAGGACCAGGAUAAAGAUACCUUCGCCCAUACCCAGCAGGAAGCGAUUUCAAGAAUGUGACGCCCACAUUCCCAAAGAGGUGGUGUGUGGGGGGGGUGGUUUUUUUGGUCUUUUAAUGGGUCUUGGGUCUGGGAUAAUUUUCAUUGAUUGGGGGGGUUGGUUACAAGUUGUCAAGGGUUAGGAAAAGGGCUAAGCAAAGGAGAUUAGAUUUAAGGUUCUUAUUUUAAAAAAAAAAGAAAGAAAGAAGGAAAGAAAAGAAAAAUGUAAAUACUUUACAUUGGAUUGGAUCGUUUUAUAUUGUAUACAAGUUAUAUACAUUGAAAUUGAUAUUGUUAGAAAAUGCUAUAUGUAUAUUUCUAAUUGUACCGUUCAUUUAACAAUGUAAUGCAAUUUUCUGAUCCUUGAAUGUUGUUAUUACCAACUAUUAGGAUAUAAAAAAAUGAAAGUUAGUAGUUAGACAUUAUAAUAGAACUUGUAGUUAUAUUAGGUAUGUUUUAAAGAUUGAGUACAUAUAUUUUAGAUAGACAGGUUAUCUUCAGACCCUUCAGAGAUCUACAGAAUAUGACAUUUAAAAUGUUUUAGUAACUUAGAAAACUUUUCUUUUUCGUUAUGACUAUGAGACAUGCCGGCUCCUGGCAGUACCAAUCUACUUCAGAGAAAAUAUGGGCAUUGAAAAAACUGCAGUUGGAGUUAACUUCCAUUGUGGCAAAAGUUAGCCACUGGACAACAAAGUAUCCUCAAAUCAACUGCUGACAAACAGGACAGACAGGACACGAAACAAAGGACUACUGAUUCUUGUCAAAACAAGUGUGGUUAUGGACAAUAUGGCACCAUCCCUGAAGUGGCCUUCCCAAUCCGGGAAAAGUACAGUGCCCUUUUCUUCGAAGGCAGCUGAACAGGCAGUGGGCCGAUGGCUUCUGAUGUGCAAUGGGACAGUGGCUGAAACAGUUAUUCUUCAAGAGUAAUUAAGCGCACGUCUCUCAACAGUAGAAUGGCAUUUAAUAGAGGGAUGUGGAGAAGAACGGGAUGCUGAGAUGAAGCCACAUACACACAUAGCCAAGAAGAAUGGACAGCUGAAUUCAAAAAAACAUCAACAAUUUCCAGAAUUUAAAAUCCUGAAUCAUGACAUGACACUAGUGGAAUUCAGGUGUUUCUGGUAUAUAGACUGCUCUCACACCAAUGUGAGAUUGAACUGUUGACCUUGUGUACAUCCUACUUCCCAAAUACGCUAAGAUACACUAAGCCUAUAGGCUGAAGAUGGUGCCCCGACACUGCGGAGAAACCUCAGAUGAUUGUCCAGGCAGCUGGCUGUUUCUGUCAACUCACAAUUUUUUGGAAGUUGCUUGCAUAUGCUUCCUGUUUUUAUUUUUUUGUUAGCUAAUAUUAUUUCCUUCCUGGGUCUCUGAGAGAGUUGAAGAUUAGUUAGUUAUAGUUGAAGAUUAAUUAAGAUAGAAAGUGAAUUAGAUACAAUAGGGUAGAUAAUGGAAUUAUUUUCUCUGAAUUUGUCAAAUACAAAUGAACUAGACAUUGUUUAGGUAUUUAUUACUUGUAUAUAUUGUAUAUAGUUAUUGUACUUUUGUAUAUAGGUUUUCUUAUGUUAAUUAUAAGCUUUUUCUUUUUUUCUUUUUAUUAAAAUAGAAAAAGGGAAAUAUGGUGAUAUUUUAUUUGUAUUAAAAUGUUAUUUGUAUGUUAAUAAAUAAAGUUGCCCGGGGGUCAGAGCUAUUAGCAAGCCAUAGGAAAGCAGGGCAGUGAUGGCAUACGCUGGUAAUCCCAGCACUUGGUAGGCAGAGCUGGGUAAGUCUCUGUGUGUUCUGGGAUACAGCCAGUAUUGGAUACACAUGCCUUUAAUCUCAAUACCGAUCAUGGAAAACCUGGAGGUCUAUACAGACAGGCUGUGAUGAGGCGGUCAUGUGGUUGGGUUUACAAUCAAUGAGAAGGCAGAACAGGAACUCUAUAUAAAGACUUUAACACACGGGAAGCUCUGGUUCGGAGAGGUAGGACCACCGCAGGAGGAAGGGUAAGGUUUUAGCUCUUAGCUCUGACCUCUUGGCUUUCUUCUUUGCA